CCCCUGGUCCCCCUACCUUUGGAGACAGAUUUCCGCCCUUGCUUUUAUCAUCAAGCAUUUCCCGCCAUCCGACAUAUCGCGUGCCUGAAGAACGAAUUAAGAAAUGUAAAAAUUACUAAUGGUAGUGUUUAAUAUUUCAUAGAUGCAACGAACCAUUUUUGAUGAAAAUUUUGAAUAUCCAUGAAGAAAGUCUGCUUUGAUUGACAGUGCCGAUAAUUGAGGAAAUUUUACAGUUUGUCAAAAGGAAACAAAUUGGUGGGUUCAGAACAAAUACGUAUAAGCAACCAGUCUUCUCUCUCGUCGAUGUUUGAUAGUUAAGUGACACCUGAGCCAUUACCACAAUUUGGAGACCCACUUUCAAACCGGACUCGUCAAAAGACAGAAUACGUCUACUGACUUCAUGACUUUGAUAUCGACUGAAACCCUGCAGAUCGACAGAACGUUGAAAGCGUGCAUGUCCCGGCCUGGCAUUCUGUUCAAUACCGGACAAAAACAAAUAAGCUAUUGAGCUGUAACGGGAUAAAGUAAAUCCAGUAUCGAUUAUUAAAUCUUAAAUCCCUGAUUAGAAAGCUUAAUCGAAAUGGAAAACACGAGUGAUAUUCAUCACAAUACCUCGAGCUGUUGCGUAGAUCAAGAUUUGUAUGAUAUAAGUGAACACUCCAUAAGUUCGAUUGCGUGGCUAGCCACUGUCCCUUUGACUCUUUCGAUAAUAAUCGCAGUCACUGUACUGGGAAACGCGAUGGUGAUUGCAGCUUACUUUCGGGACAAACGCAUCAGGAAUAAUGUAGCGAACCUCCUCAUCUUAAACCUUGCAAUAACAGACUUUGUCGUCGGUGCUUUCAUCAUUUCCAUUGACACUGCGUGGAUCAUCAAAGACGUCUGGACCUAUGGAGAAGUGUUCUGCAAAAUCUGGCUAGACGUUGAUUUCGUAGUCACCAUGAUGUCUUUGCUCACCAUGGUGCUAAUCAGCUGGGACCGUUACUGUCUCCUGACGAUGGGGAUGCGGUACAAGACAUUCCAGACGAAAAAGCGUAUUUGCGUGAUCCUUGCCAUUUCUUGGACAACUGUAAGCCUGAUAUACACAUUCCUUGCUUUCGCAUGGAGUCCCAUUACUGGUGAAUUUAACGUAGAUUACUCUCAAAACUGUGAAAUGGAAUUUGUAUACAACCUGGCCGCAACGAUCGUCAUCAACAUUUGCGGAUUCUUCAUUUCAUUUACUAUCUUAAUUAUCCUUAUUAUUGCUGUGUACAGUAACAUAAAACGAAGGUCUAGGGGUACCGUCGGUCAAAGCCCUUCAAGUUCAAUAAAUACGUCGGCUAGGUCCCAAAAUAAAAGCUUUGGGCCUAGAUCUCCAAGGAGAGUAAACUACCGCCAUCCCGACGGUCCUUCUGGCCAAGUCGCAGAUUCACCUACCCGCGGUGGUGAUGCUGCUGCAGCAAAUGUAACUACAGAGACUUCUGACAACCCUGCAGAUGGAGAAAAACCCCUCACAAGAGAACUGUCAAAUGAAAGAGCCUCUUCUUCAAAGAAAGAAGGUCGAACAUUCGCCAGGCAUCGAAAAGCAGCCUUCGUGUUAGCCAUCCUUAUCGGCUGUUUCCUGCUCUGUUGGUUACCUUACCAAGUAACAAGCGUAAUGUAUGCAGUCUGUGAUACCGAUUGCGUCUCCACUCGUUUGUGGGAGGUCACGAAUUUACUUCUUUGGUGUAACUCAACCAUUAAUCCCUUUAUCUAUGCUUCUACUAAUGUCCACUUUCGUCGGAACUUUAGGAAGUUUCUGUUGCUUGAUCGUUGGGCUUGUGACUUUAAAAAUUGUAAGAUAAAAUGUCAAAAUGCAAAUGAGAUUCAGGUUGCCACUGGAAGCCUUAAUGGCAGCACGGUUACCUAAUAUCUGCAAAACGACCGUCUUCGAUCUAGAGAGUUUCCUUGGAAACAUGU